GUCUUCUCAUCCAUCUCAUAUCCCCCGCUCUUGCAUAUCGCUCUACCCCUCAUCCCCAACUCCCCACAUACAAUCUUGCAGAAUGUCUUCAGGCAAAAUGAACGCUUUGUGGUACAACGCUCCCAGGGAUUUCUCCAUCAAGGAGGUCCCCAUUCCCCAAUACAAGGACAACGAAGUCCUCCUCAAAGUUACAUGCUGCGGUGUCUGUGGAACUGACGGCCACAUUCACGAAGGAGAGUUCAUCUCCACCUUCCCACUUAUCCCUGGUCAUGAAGCCAUUGGCGUGAUCGUCGAGUUGGGCAAGGACGUGAAGGGCUUUGCCAAAGGCGACCGCUGUGUCGCCGACGUCGGUAUCACCUGCGAUGACUGCUUCUACUGCCGACGUGGUCAAACUCUCAUGUGCGAGAACUUCAAGGCUCGUGGUGUCAGCUCCGAUGGUGGUUUCGCCGACUACAUCGUCUACCCUCAACACAAGCUCUACAAGAUCAAGAACCUCACCGACGAGGAGGCCACUCUUCUCGAGCCCGCGGCAUGCGCCAUCCACGGCCUCGAUAAGCUCAACCCCCCAGUCGGCAUCGAAGUUCUCUUGCUCGGUGCCGGCCCUACCGGUCUUAUCCUCGCCCAACUGCUCAAGCUCAACGGCGCCGCAAGGGUCGUCCUCGCUGCCAACAAGGGCAUCAAGAUGGACAUCGCAAAGCAGAUUAACGCCGCUGACGAGUACAUCGAACUCGACAGGCAGAACCCCGAGGCUCAGUGGGAGCAGCUCAAGAAGGACAACCCUUACGGGUUUGAUGUCGUCGUUGAGGCCACUGGUGUCGAGAAGCUGGCGAACGAGUCAAUCAACUACGUUCGUCGGGGUGGAACCCUCAUGAUCUACGGUGUUUACAACAACGAGGCUCUCGUCCACUGGCCACCUUCAAAGAUCUUCGGUGACGAGAUCAAGAUCAUUGGCUCGUUCUCGCAGACGUACUGCUUCCCCCGUGCUGUUGCCUACCUCGACAGUGGCAAGAUCAACGUCAAGGGCAUGGUCACCGACGUGUUCCAGCUCAAGGACUUCCAGGCAGCCCUCGACAAGAUGAACAGCCGUGGCGCGCUCAAGAUCGCCAUCAAGCCCUGAGCUCGCUCUCCUCCGCUCAUAGCCCCCGGCUCCAUCCCCCUUCCCUAUCUUUCAUACCACUAUUUAAUCUCAUGUUCACGAUCACUUCCACCCUCGUACUCACAUCCUGCAUAUGUCCAUAACGUCCUGCACUCCAUUCACGACCUCUAUCUUCUUGCCCUUUUCUUCUUCCACAUCUUGCACGAUUGUCCGUAUUUACCAGAUGUCACCAUUAUGUAGUCACGUUGUUGUAUUGUGUUGGGUGUGCCGGGAAGGAAGGAAGAAGAAAUGCAAAU